AUGGAGAUAUCACGUUGCUUCCCGUGGCUUUCGCGACAUCGUCAGGGCAAGAAGCGGGACAGCUUCGAAACCUUACCGGACGAUGUCGUAGUGGAUGUGCUGAGCAGACUGGAAGUCGACCAGCUCGGCCGCACGAAAAGAAUAUGCAGAAGGUGGCGUGCUUUGAUCGGGACGGCUCACUUCACCCGAGUGCAUCUUCAAAGAGCUUCUUCGGUAACUGUCGUGUGCUCCAUGUUCUCCGAGCGCCGGGCCGUUGACAUGCCCUUUUUCUUCUAUUAUGACUGGGGCACUCGGGAGAAGAUUAGAGGAGCAAAGUUACUGGGUUUGCGACCCAUGAGGAGGACCAUCCACAAUUAUUGUGAUCUUCUAGGUUGUUGUGACGGACUGCUUAUCUUCGUCGGGCCUCUCUCCAAUUCUACGUAUGAGAUUUACAACCCCGUCACGCGGGAGGGAAUCAACUUGCUGAAAGGAGGCUCGAUCUGUGGUUUCUUUCUCCAUUCGCUUUCGAACGAAUACCGGCUGCUUUCUUACAGAGAAACUCUCAAUGGCUUCUCGUAUCACGUGGGCGGUCUAGGGCCAGCGGCGUGGGAAGAAGUCGGGGUGUUUCCUUAUCGUCCCGGAGAACAAGAAGCCCCGUCCGGCGUAAAGGGUCGUCUUCACUGGAUGGUGGUCGGGAAGGAACGCAUGCCAGCCCCGUGUUUACAUUCCAUCAUGGUCUUUAGCACCGGAGAGAGCGAAUUUCGUUUCAUGCCACAUCCGGGAGAUACAUGUCUGUCGAGCCAUGGACAUUCGAAUAUGCACUUGGUGGAAAGGAAUGGCCGCGCAUAUGUGUAUGCGAUUCGCGUUGAAGUCAUGUGCGUAUGGGUUUUGGAGGACUAUGCGAGUUGGCAUAGGGUAAAGAAAUGCGAUAUCGAUCUAGAAUGGUGCUUAAAUCCACAUCCUGAGUUUGUAACAAGCUACUCAAACUACAAGAACAUGCAGCUUGUCGAUAGCCGAGAUGGCGAGCUGCUACUGUUCUGGCCUCGCAAUGGAUUCUUUCGGUAUAAUCUGCGGUCGGAAACGAUCACAAAAGUCGACUACUCCAAGUAA